AUGGCCUCAGACCCGACCAUCCCCUGGAUCCGCCUGGGCGAAGUAGACAUCACCUCGUCCCUGACGCAACCCCCACCCCCCUUCCCUCCAACCAACAGCGCAUCCGACAACGCGCGCCAGCGGUUUGCCAUAACCGGCAACGCAGUCUGCACGUCUCCCCACCCAUAUUCCAUCCUAUGCCAGUCAACCAUACUCCGUACUGACCAACCCAACGCAGUCACCGGCGGCGCCGGCACCCUGGCCCUCUCCAGCGCGCGCGCCCUCCUCGAGCACGGCCUCUCCGGCCUCGCCCUGUUCGACCUACCCAGCGCACUCGAAAAAGGCACCGCGCAGCUAACCGCCCUACGGGAAGAUUUCCCCUCUGCAAAGAUCACCCCGAUACCAUGCAACGUGACGCUCGAGACAGACGUACAGGCCGCCGUGCAAGCCGCGAUCACCACCCUCGGCAACAUCCGGAUCCUCUGCUGCUUCGCCGGGAUUGUGAAUGUAGUUCCGUCGACCGAUAUGUCGCUGGACGCGUGGAAGAGGAUGCAGGAUGUGAAUGUGACGGGGAGUUGGAUUGUUGCGCAGGCGGUGGGGAGACACAUGAUCACCCACCAAAGCGGCGGAAAGAUCGUCUUCGUGGCCUCGAUCAGCGGCCACAGGGUCAACUACCCCCAGCCGCAGGUGGCGUACAACGUGUCCAAGGCGGCGGUGCUGCAUAUGAAGAGUUGUCUGGCGGCGGAGUGGACGCGGUAUGGCAUCCACGUGAACUCGAUCUCGCCGGGGUAUAUGGAUACCGUGCUGAAUGAGGGCGAUCCUCUGGUGGGGCAUCGCGGGGUGUGGGCGGAUCGGAACCCGAUGCGGCGGAUGGGGGCGCCGCAGGAGUUGACGGGGCCGUUGGUGCUGCUGUGUAGUGAUUUGGGGGGGAGUUAUGUUAAUGGUGUUGAUAUUGUGGUUGAUGGUGGUGGUUUAUAUCAGCAGGUGAUGAACAAUCUAUGA